CCGGCCUUGAUAUGGAAAAGCGAAACCCUAGGAAUAGGAAGAAGGGGAAUGAAUAGGUGAUAGAAAUUAGAAAGCGGCGGAGUCCGGUAGAGAUAUUAUCAAUCAUACCUUGUUCCGCCAUGGAAUCUUUGUUUGCAAACUAUGCUUCUUCAGAUGAAGAGGAACAAGUAACUCUUCCUCCCUCAAAAUCAACUUCUUCUUUCCUUUCAUUUCCCCCACCAAAAUCCCAUGAUCAACAACUGCGCCCACCGAAUGUUGGAAUUACCACUUCUUCUUCUUCUUCUUCUUCUUCUUCCCUUUUCUCUGUCCUCCCACCUCCAAAGACAACCAUGGAAGAUCCUCCACUCCUCCCCAAUUCCUCGGAUCCUAAACCCAAAAGGGUUGUUCAAUUUAAGCCUCCUGUCAACCCUUUUUCUCUCAAGUCUUAUAGUCUGGAUGAAGAUGAGGAUGAAAAAGAAAAACAAAGAAAAAGGUCUCAAUCUUUUGCUCAAACAUCUUCAGUUAAAUCAUUUUUGUCCACCAUUCCUGCUCCAAAGAACUCUACUACUUUGGGUGUUUUGGGUUCCGGCUCCGGAAGAAGAUCCAUCAUCGAAGCAGAUGUCCCUGUUCCUAAUCCGGCUAGCUCGAAUGAAGUUCUAGUUAAUUCCAAUACAGAGUACAAUGAGAGCCAGCAGAUUGAUGUGUCGUUUGAGAGUUUAAUGGGAGGUUUUGAUGGUCCCUCACAACAUAAUGCUGUUGCAGGUGAUUGGAAUGCACAGGGUUAUGUAAACCAUGACGGGUAUGCUGGCUAUGGUAAUGAUGGGGCUAGUGAUUAUUCUCAUGCGGCUCCACCAAAUGUGAAUUAUGUUGACUAUGACAGUAAUUAUGGCACUUACACUGGUUAUGAGCAGUAUGGUCAUAAUUGGACUGAUGGGUCUAGUGCUACAGAAGCAUCAACAACUACUGAUACGGCUGAAGUUGCAUUUAGAUUGCCUGGGAAGAGAGGCAGGAGUGAUGCUCCACAGAAUAUUGUUGAGGUGAACCAGGAUGAGUUGAUGAAGAAUCGGCCAAGGGAAGACCAAAGCAGGCUCACUGGGAUUGCCUUUGGGCCAUCUUACCAGCCUGUUUCGAGCAAGGGAAAGCCUUCUAAGCUGCUCAAAAGAAAGCAUCAAAUUAGUACUUUAUACUUCGAUAUGAAACAAAAAGAGAUGGAGCUGUCAGAACGACGGGCCAAGGGGAUGCAAACAAAAGCUCAAACUCAGGGAAAGUAUGGUUGGUGACAGUUUUAUGGUUUUCGAGGACAUGGUGAAUGAGCAACUUCCCUUUGUUUGGUAAUCAAAUUUUAAAUGUCGUCGAUAGUGGCUUUGAAAGCAUUGUAGUGCAAUAUUUGUGCAAUUUCCUAGUAAUAAGUAGUGUCAAUACUGAUGGUUCCUUGUAAUGAUAUACUGUACGAUGAAGGCAAAUUGUUGAUUA